CGCACAUAAUUGCAUUUGCUGGAUAUCUAUUCUUAAUCGCCCACUCCUGCCUGGUUCAAAAUGGCGAUGAACAUGACGCAGAUCCGGGACACAAAGUGGCUGACGUUGGAGGUUUGUCGGGAAUUCCAGAGAGGAACGUGUUCACGACCGGACAGCGAGUGCAAGUUCGCCCACCCUGCCAAGAGCUGUCAAGUGGAAAACGGCAGAGUCAUUGCUUGUUUCGACUCACUCAAGGGCCGCUGUUCCAGGGAGAACUGCAAGUACCUGCAUCCCCCCCCCCACCUAAAGACCCAGCUGGAGAUCAAUGGAAGGAACAACCUCAUCCAGCAGAAGAACAUGGCCAUGCUGGCCCAGCAGAUGCAGCUCGCCAACGCCAUGAUGCCCGGCACACAGCUACAGCCAGUGCCCAUGUUUUCAAUCACACCCGGCCUUGCAACCAAUGUCAAUGCUGCUGCGGCAGCUGCCGCUGCGUUUAACCCCUACCUUGGCCCUGUGUCGCCCGGCCUGAUGCCCGCUGACAUCUUGCCCAGUGGCUCCGUACUGGUCACCAGCAACCCCGGUGUCCCUGUACCAGCUGCUGCUGCUGCUGCUGCACAGAAACUCAUGAGGACAGACAGACUGGAGGUGUGUCGGGAAUACCAGCGGGGUAACUGCACACGCGGGGAGAACGACUGUCGCUUUGCCCACCCUUCAGAUAGCACUAUGAUCGACACCAACGACAACACGGUCACUGUGUGCAUGGACUACAUUAAAGGCCGCUGCUCGAGGGAGAAGUGCAAGUACUUCCACCCUCCGGCUCACCUGCAGGCCAAGAUCAAAGCGGCCCAACACCAAGUCAACCAGGCUGCGGCUGCUGCAGCCAUGACUCAGUCGGCUGUCAAAUCACUGAAGCGACCCCUCGACGCAACUUUUGACCUGGGGCUCCCUCCCUUGCCUCCUUUACCAAAGAGACCUGCACUUGAAAAAGCCAACGGUGCCACCACUAUGUUCAAUGCUGGUGUAUUCCAGUACCAACAGGCCCUGGCCAACAUGCAGUUUCAGCAGCAGACGGCCUUCAUACCAUCAGGCUCGAUAUUGUGCAUGGCACCUGCAACAAGUGUUGUACCCAUGAUGCACGGUGCUAAUCCAGCCACUGUGUCUGCAGCCAACUCAUCUGCCACAAGUGUUCCCUUUGCAACAGCCAAUCAGAUUCCAAUAAUAUCUGCAGACCAUCUGACCAGCCACAAAUAUGUGACCCAGAUGUAGGAGUCUCAAUCAGGACAAUGGAACUGGAGCGUGCUGACUUUGAGUUAAGUUAGCAGUCACCCCUCAUGCCUGUAACAUCAAGAGCAAAACUGAGAACCAGAUCUGAAUUGGUUUGGGAUAAAUCUGCAUGUUAACAUAGGAGGUACAAUUUGUAAGGAUUGUUUUCAUGUGUACUUCAUGCACACUAUUACACGACAACAGAAAAGACCAUAAUUUGCAUUAAAGACUGCCUUUCGCUCUGUGGAGGCAACUAACCUUUAUUCACCGGACACACUUUGAAUGUUAACAUGAGGCAAAAGAGUGGAGUAGAAAAAACAUCGACUGGAUUGGUAUGUCCAUUGACCAAGAAUCAUGACUUGUGUUGUUUGUUUGUUUAUGGGUUGGUGGUCUUUGAGCCAAAUGUGUUCAUUUGUUUACACAAAGGUGCACCUUGUAUUUAAUUUGAGGUAAAAUAAAUGAAUGAUCCGACUGAAUCGCAUAUGCAUGCACAAUGACUUUGUUUAUGAUUUCAUUUUGUUAAACCAGUGAU